AUGUUUUCGCUAAUUUCCCGGCGUCAGGUGCUACGUCCACUUGCGAAGCCUGUACAGCAAUACACAUUCCACCAUGCAGCGAUAGCUUAUAACGGUGCAACUGCAGCAGCUACCGAAGCCAAGCCCGCCACAUCAUCGUCACCUGCACGGAAAGAAUCAUCGGUACCGAAAGGCACCGUUUUGAAAGGCAUCAAUUUCCUCAAAGACGGCAAAGAUCCCGUUGCCCUUGACGACAGCGAAUACCCUGAUUGGUUAUGGGAUCUCCUCGAUGCCAAAAAGCAGAAGCAGAAAUCGACCAAACCCACCAAUAGACAGUUCCAUAGAAAACAAAACCGAGACGCUAUCAAAGCCAUGAACUUUAUGAAGGACAAGAAGACCUAA